UUUACAGAUCCGUCGUAGAAAAUGCUACUACAACUGACGCGGUAACAAACCGUACAGUGACAAGUAUGGCACAAGACACCACAGACUCGGCACCGAGGGUGCCCUCAACCACUUCUGGUCUCAAAAGGGUCUCAUCUCCUUCAAUUGAGACAUUGAACAGCGAGAUGCGCAGCAGAGAGAUCACAAGGGAAAAAGGAAAAAGAGCGAUCAAGAGACUGAUGAAUAUAAUAAGGUUGAAGAAAUAUGCGUGUGCUACGAUCUCCAGGCCGGAUCCCACUUACAAGGUGGCUUAUUUGGGCAAUGUCAUCACUGGAUGGGCUAAAGGAGAAGGAUGCUUCGACAAACCCUUAACAACUCUAUGGAGAAACUACACUCAGUCUUCACGUCCUGACGUAAGAAUGCAACUGACAGUGUGUGGAGGAGGCCUAAGAGCUACCACCAAAGACCAUGGAAUCACAGAGUAUUGGUCCCAUCGACUGACAGCAUGCACUGCCCCUGAACAGUAUCCUAGGUUGUUUUGUUGGAUUUACAGACACGAAGUGCGUCGAAUGAAGCACGAGCUGCGGUGUCACGCAGUCCUUUGCUCCACCGCAAGCAUCGCAAAACAAAUAGAAGCUGAAUUGAAGCAAUCUCUUACUCUAGCUCUUCUAGAAUUCAAGAGAGAUAAACUGUGUAGACAAAAUGCGCGACUGUCACUAGUGAAUUCCGUCUACGAAAACCCCACUUUACCUAGAAGGAAAAUCUUGCUAAGCACCGGCCCCCUCAACUACAAGCCCCCCUUAGAGCGAUCCAAAUCAGCUCCAAGACUCACCAGCAUCGAAGAAAUUAUCGAAGAAGAAGAUGAGGUAAUUCCCAAGUCGAACAAGAUCUUCAAAGAGAUCAUCAGCAGAUGUGAAAGUACAAGUAGUUUAGUGUAUAGGUUAAAUAAGAUGAACACGACCCAAUAUAUCUGUGAUAGAAGACAAACCAAAGAAACUGUAGAGGAAAUAAGUAUGGAUAAGAAAACCGAUAUGAUAUUAGAAGAGUUAGUGCAAUGCUCGCUGAGCAGUGAUCUUGUUGAAUCAUGUGAAAAAGCCUGGUACAACGCAAUGAUGGCCAAACCAGAUCUGAUACCUACAGACAGCGAUGAGAGCUCUUUAUCUAGUGGAUGUGGCUCAGUUAGUACGGUCACAGAUGAAAGAUCCGUGUGCAUGGAGUCUAUAUCAGAAAGUGUCAAUGAGUACCUUCCUGAGAAAAAGACUGAGCCUGACUUCAAAGUAGGAGGCAUAGUGAUGUCCAGAGUGAACAGUUACGAGAAACUUGCUAACCCAGAUCUGCUGAAUUAUUGUGGUAUCAAAUUGUACAAUAAAAGGAUACCUUUGGACCAUCACGAAAACGUUUCGUUGGUGCCUGUAGGCGAGAGCAAUGAUAAUUUCAGUUCUUUGAAAAUAUUUAAGACGAAAAAUACUGACUCCGCUAACAGGCCUACUUUAGAAGACAGACAUAACGAAGAAGAUGAAACUGUGAGUGCGUGUAGCGAUGAAAGCGGAUUCGAAGAGGAGGAAUUAGUUAGUUCUGUUGCUAGUAUUGUAUUGGUAUGAGGAACGUUUAUGUUUAAAGUUUGGAAAACCGAUUUACAAGUACUGAAGUUGUCAUAAUGAACUUCAUUUCGUAAAAUGGAGCUAGUUGAUAUUAAUACUCUUAUUCCAAAGCUUACCUUUUGUGCAUGAUACCCUGUCUCUACAUUUUUAGCAAAGGUCUUGGAUAUAAGCAAGUAGACUUGGUUCGAUGAAAAAGACGAUGUUUUAUUUCUGUUUUGGAUAAUUUAGAACAGAUUGAAUAGAAGUGAAAGGAAGAGAAGCACCUGUUUAAAAGGGUAGAGACUGACCUUUGACAAAAUAUUGUAACGUGAAAUUCGCAGCCAACACGUGUGAGCAAAGUUCGAGUUCCCACAACACGGAGCGAAAUAUUCACGUUACAUGUUACGUUACGAUGUUAUGUUACAGGUCAGUCGCCAGCUUAAUGGUUCUGCUCUAUAUUUUUCGACCACCAUUGCAAAGGGAAAUAAUAUGAAAUGUUGAGAGAAGUAUUUCCGGCCAUAUAGACUCAUUUAAUAAAUGGGAAGAUUUGGAACAUACACUCAGGUGCAAAAUAAACACAAAAUAAAAUUUUUAUCAAAUUGGGAACGUCAUAACUUUUUCAAUUUCAACUUUAUUUUGACGUUUAUCACACUCAUUGUCUGUAAUAUGCAUGUUUAAGUUCUCGUUCGUAGUCGUGUUGCUUGUUAUACAGGCUGAAUCAAAACGAUUAGUCUAACUCUGAGACACUCUGUGGUGUCGCUAUACCAGCAAAUGAGAAUGUAAUGUUCCUUAUUCAUGUCAAUACAUAUAGUGAUUGAAUAUUUAAUGAACUUUUUGCCUCCCAUUUGGCUUUGCUCUUCAUCAAUUUUUUAGUUUCUGUCCGAAUUCAAUUUUUUUCACUACAUUCUAGAGAAAUCUACUGUCUUUCUAUAUUCAUGGUAUUUUAUGACCUUUGAUUUUGUUUUCCUAAAAAAAUGUAUAACGGUUUCGAGCUCUAAUCUUUUGAACUAGCAGUCAAUAACCGUAUAUUCCCUAUGGGGAUCUUGGGUUCAAACAAAUUCGGCCAAAGAUUAUUUUUUGGGACAAAAUAAAUCUAUUACAAAAAAACAUAACCAAACAUUACCAAAACUGGGAAGAAGAAAUAGAAGACUAGAAAUUCACUAAAUUUAUACGAUAUCCAUCUAUCAGAAAUCAUCAAUCAUCAAAUGGUGGAUCCAAUAUGACGGACAUACAUAUUUGCAAAAAAGAAUGUUUGGAACGUUUGAUAUUGAUUUUUCUAGAUCAAAGUUUCAACGUUUUGAUUACUCUUGAAUUUGAGUUUUAUAUGCCUUAGGGGUCGCUGAUAAAAGAUGUAGUAUCGAUUUUUCAAAAAUUAAAAUGGUGGACGUGGAUGCAAAAAAAGUUUUAGCUGCGCUUAAUUUGGUUUUCAUAAGUUUGCAAGGUCGCUGGUAACGAAUUUAAUUAAACUAUUUUCAUUGUAACUGGGUGUCUGAUAAACAUGCUACUAUUGCAAAUAGAGCGGACUCUAGUAGACGUUUUUUCUAAACUUUUUUUAAAUUUAUCGAUUUUACUAUGAAUCAUAACAUGACUUAAAUACAAUUCCAUAACACUGGACCGCAAGAUAUAUCUUGUCAAAACAGAAAAACAUGAAUUUUCCAAAUGAACACUUAAUAACACAGUGAGCUUCUAUUUUAUAACUUUUUUUAUUUGUCGAUACUGAUGGAUAGUAGUUGCCACGACAGUGUCAAAUAACAAAUUAUCGAAACCAGCUGUCUAGUGGACUUGAUGUACAUAGCAUUAGAAUCAGUAUAUUUCGCAUUUUGUGUAGCACAAAAUAUGUAUGCCAUUAGGAGCUUCAUCGUUAAAAUAAAUUAUUAGUGUUUCAUUAAAAUUGUGUCAACAACUAUCAAUAAUAUAUUUCCAAUGAUUGUUCAUACACGCACAAGUAUUGUGUAUUUCUAUAAGUUAUUUUUUUAUUUAAAUCAUAUAUUCCUGCCUCUUAUCAACACAAAUUCUGAAUUCAUCUGUUCAGAUUUGAUGAACAGAGUGAACUGUUCGCGAGUUUCUGAGCGUCAUCACCAACAUUUUAUUUUACGCGGCUUUUUUGUUCAUUUAUUCAUAUUUUCCUUUGAAAUACGGAAUUAUUUAUAUGCAUAACGCCAACUAAAAGUACAUACUGGGUGAAAACUAUUUUAUUAGAUUACUAUUGUGUCGGUUUUUAAGAUUAAUACUUUAAAUGCUGUUUUUGUCAAAAUAUUGGAAAACGUAACUGUAUCUCACAAUAACACCUUAAUAUCUAGUCGGAGAUGCAGGCUCCUAAAUGGCACUACUUGAAAUCGGUUUUUCUUGAAUAUCUUUAGAACGACACACUAUAAUCCAACUAAAUUUUAACAGCGUAGCAACCAGCUAGGGCGUCACGUGGAGGUAUCAAUGGAAAACAAUUAACUCUUUUAGAUCGGUAGGUCCAGACUGACCCUAAAGUAACAUUCCUAUUUUUGACAACCUGUAUAACACUAGCUGUAAUAAGUUUUUGGCUUAAUGCUUUAGUUGAAAAAAUGUUUUCUUGUUUAUUUCCAGUAUAACCGUUUUUAGAGGUCACUCAUUAUUCCCUUUUCAGAAUUUCAAACUAUGCAAGCAAGUUAUUUACCCCAGCGCCAAAAGGGCUAUGGCCUGAGGCGACAGGCCAGUAUUUUCGAAAUAACGAUAUGAGUAUACGAUAUCCACUGUCAGAAUCAAACAAAUGCACCGAAAUAAGGUUUUUUCUCUAAAAUGAUUCAUUUUAUCGAUAUCAACGAAAAAACAUUUUUUCAGAAUGGAGGUAUUUUCAAAAAUGUCAUUGAUCCAUUAUUAUACCGUGUGUAAGAAACGUACUUUUAAUUUCUUCAUAUUCUUGGGAUAAAGAAGUGUUCUUUUACAAGCUGCCAACGUUUCGGCGUUUAUUUUUCGUCUUCUUCAGGGUUAUCGAAUGAGACACAAAACACGUCCCAAGGGAUAACAAACAUCUCUUAGGUCAGCUAUGAAAAACAGGUAAAUACAUAUGAAAAAUAAACACAAAUUGAUGUAAGAAACAUUAAUAAUGCUUUGAGGAUAAUCCAUCACUGCCGACCUAAGUGAGUUAAUCGUCGUUCCAUAAAACAUAAAAUUCAAACUGUGUGUGGGUGAAUAUGUUGCCGGCAAAAAGAAUUUGAUGUGUUUGCCAUUACUUCCAUUCUUUACUACCUUAUACGGCUUCUUGUUUCUGUUUGUUGAAACUCGCACAACCAAUAUUGCCUCCUAUAUUAUGUACGUAUACACUUCGUCUUCGUCUUCAACCUCACCUACGACUUUCUCCAUAGCACAUGACAUUAAAUCUGACUUGAUAUCAAAUUGAUCUGCAAUAAUUUUUGCUGCUUUUUAUUUUCUGAUUGCAUCCAAUGUAGCACGAUAUCAUUAUUUCCACAUAAUUCCUGAACAAGACAGUUUCUUGUUCUGUGUUGAUAUUCUAUGAAAUGGUUGUAUUCCAACAGCAGAAGGGAGCUAAAAAAAUGCAUUACAUACUUAGGUUGAGAAGUAAGCAAUUACUGGUCAAAACAACACUUAUAAAGUGCGAGAUCAAUAAAGACCUCCUCAAAUGAGACAUGUUUCGAUUUUUUUCACUGCUACACUGUACAGAAAAAUUCAAAUAUAAUUCACAUCGUAAUGUGUGUGAGAGAGAAGUGCGAGUCGCGUGCAAUAUGUAUAUUACAAAAAGUGCAAUGAUGGCAACGCGGCAAGCCGCAGCUGCGUCCGUGGCCUCGUUACUUGGGUAGCUAGGCAACGUGGUAUUUCUAUCUCUUUUUAACAUACAUAUUACUCGCUUCUCUCUCAUAUACAGUACAACGCAGUGGUAUAUGGACUUCUCUGUAUAUCACUAGAUCCAAUUUUAUCAAAUCACAAUAUUUACAUUGAGUUGGUUCAUGUAUACCCUAAGAUAUACGCAAAUCAACGAUCACGACCUUUCAUACUCAUUUUACAAAUACUUUGAAACAUCUUGUAGCUUCAUGUCCAACUGAAAAAUUAAACAAAAAAUUGAGAGGAAGCAGGUUUGGGCUGCGAAGGAGGCCAUUUCAGUUCACAGAGAAAUAUAGUGAAACGUUUAUUGGGUGUGUUCUAAUUCUGCGUUAAGUCCGUUUUACAAUGCUUCUUCCAAUAUUGAAAUACCCAAAAAGAGUAGCCACAUGUCGACUAUACAUAAUACUACUUGUUUUGCAAGUAUUUGAAAAUUUAAUGUUUUGUUAUCAAACUGACACAAUAAAGCUACAAAGAUGAAAUCUUAUAUUUACCUAGGUGCCUUUUUCUCUCUGUUUGCCUGGGAGAGGAAAGAUACGCGUAUUGUCGCUAACAACGGCGAUUUCUGCUGUUAGUAGUGAAAAUAUAUUAUUACAGUAAAAAAAAAACAAAUAUGUAAAGAUGACGAUGAAUUACUUAUUUCAUACCUCCAUGCGGGUGAUCGAGAGAAGUCACUUAAACGCAGUAAAAAAACGACGGUGCAUCACAUUUAUCAUAUGCUAUGGUUCUAAAAAGCAUGCAAAUUACAAACUUGAAAAUGAGCGCAGCCCUACUGUUUUUCUACUUUGACUCAAGUCACCUCUGCAAACCAUUCGUGUCUUUAUUUCGUUGGAUCAAAUCCGUUAACAUCUAAAAAUUAUUUACAAAUAAUUGUGAAAUAAAUGAAAUUUUUUUAACGUAUGGUUAGUUUAGCUUAGUUUUGUAAAUUGUUUUCAAUUACAAUGUUUCUGUUGCCAAAAUUAUUUUUGGUGUGGUUCCCAUAUUUCUAUUAUAUCGUAUUAUUUCGAGUAUGUACAGUUGUAGUGAAUACUCUAAUAAAAUAUUAUAUUAUUUGAA